ACCGAACCAACGGAAUAUCGAAGCUAAGAGUUGUCCAACAAGGUCGUGUUUAAUAACUUUUACUGGAUUUAUAUUCGAUAAUAACAAGAUAAUUUAAUGAAUUUAAAUCAACAUUCAAAAUAAUUUGUUAAUGGUCCAGUAAUAGAUCUUGUUUGCGUAUGUAAAAGUAUGCCACAAAUAAUGAAGCAGGAUCCACCAGCGAGAGAAAUUGCAUCAGCCAGAAAAAUAAUAACAGAACAAGACCGACAAAUAGCUAAAUCGGCAUUUGCUCUAUUUAAACAGAAAAACUAUGAUGAGUGUUUAGAACAACUUAAAAGGUUGUCAGAAUUACGAACUCACGAUGCUCGUGUGAUAGGAAACAAAUCUAUUGUAGAAUAUUAUUUGUCUAAUUUCACUAAAACUGAUGAAUUUAUUAAGCAAAUCAAUGGUGCAAAAAAGCAGUUGGAGUUUGGGAUGGUCAAUACUGGAGAUGAGCUGGAUGAUAUUGAUAGAAGCUACUUACUUUACAACCAAGCAGUUAUUAGUUUUCAUUUGAAAAAGUUUGCAAAUGGCAUCAAUAUUUUAGAAAGACUAUUUAAAAUCAUUGAGCCAUUAGAUGAUUUGUUAGCUGUUAAAGUCUGUAUUCUUCUUAUUGAGUUAUAUUUGCAAACAAAUCAGUAUGACCAAGCCUUUGGAAUGAUAAAAUAUGUGGAAUCAGCUUUGUUGAUUUCAAAGCAAAAUGGUGAAAUAAGCAAAGUAGUAGCAAGCAAAGAAAUGAUUGAUUUCUUUAAACCAAAGAUUCAUAUGUUCAAAGUUCGAUUUUUGAUGAGGCAACCAUAUAAUCAGUGCAAAAAAGAAUUGAAGCUUGCUAUGAACAGCAGCCAAAAUUCUGCUGAAGCCUUAUUUUUAAAAAGUAACCUGGAAUGUUUACAUGGAAACUAUCAAAAAUCAAUAAAGCUUUUAAACAGCGCUCCAAAAUCUUCCUCUAUAACAGAAGGUGGUCAUGCCUUAGCAGUUAUGUAUUAUAACAAUAUGUCUUUCGUACACUUUUGUAUGGGAAAGUAUAAUCUUGCUGUUUUGUAUGCAAUGAAAAGUUUGGAGGAAAAUAUUGCAAUUAUGAAAGUUCUUCCACCUAUGGAAAAAUUUAGCAAUUAUUCUGGAAGAUCCUUGCAGACACUUUCUAUUAAUCAACGAGCAAAUAUUAUGUACAACAUGGGUGUAUCCUUAUUAUUUGCAAACAAGCCUGAACAAGCAUUUGAAUGCUUGAUGGAAUCUCAAAGUGAAUACCAGUGUAAUCCAAGAUAUUGGCUUCGGUUAGCUGAGGCUUGCAUAGGUGUUUUCUUAAAAUCUACUAAUAAAGAUAAGGAAACAAUACACUCAAAAAAACCUGAUUCCAUUAGAGAAGUUGUUGGCACAGGUACCCAUCGAAAAAUUGUUAUUUGUCCCAUCAGAAAGACUUCAGACUCUUGCAGUUUCCGACAAGAAGGUCAAUCUGCAGCAAUGCCAUCUGCCACACUUGACUUUGGUAAUUUAUGUCUUACAAAUGCUAUGCUGCUACUACCUGCUGAAAGAACAUUAGAAGAACACAUGAUCAUUUUAAUGAAUAAUCAAAAGCUAUCAGAAGAUGAAGGAAAUGGCUCAUUGAAAAAAAAUAAUCCAGGUCGGCUAUAUGUCGAAUGUCCGCCUGGAGAACCAGUGCAAACAAAAGAAGCCUACAAUCUAAGAUCAUCUAUUUUAUGUUGUCAUGCAUAUAUUGCACUUCGCCUUGGUGAUUAUUACAAAAGUCAAGAGUAUUGUCGUCUUUUGUUAAAAAUGUCUCAUUUAACUGCUCCGUUUAAGUUUUUAGCCCACAUUUACUUGAUUGAAUCUCUUAUCAAGUUGGAUAAAAUAACUGAAGCUUUGCAAGAGUUAUCACCAGAAAACUUAAAAAAGUUGCAGACAUUCGAACAGGACAUGCUUUCUAUGAAAACUAAUGAAAUAUUUCCGAAAAAUUUAAUGGAAGCUCAGGCAGCAAUGAUGAUUAAUGUGGCAAGUGCUUAUUGUAUGAGGUCUGACUAUGACAGAUGCAAGCAUAUCUUAAAACAGGUGGUGUCAAUGCCUAUAUCUAGGUGGAUAAUGACGCACGCUAUUCUACUGUCAGUUUUCUGUGAACUUCAAAUGGGACAAGUUUCUGCAGCUUUAAAUCUUUUAAAACGUAACGAAGUGUUUCCAUCAAGUCGUCUUGUUGAUCGUGUAGAAGCUUCCAGAUUAUAUGCUAAUUUUCAAAAUCCAGUUAUUCCUCAAAUAAAUAGUUCAGAACUAAAUCAUAGACGUCUCCAUUCUACUGGCAGUGGUUUACCUCCCGGAAUUAGUAAUAAUGGAUUUACUAGUGGUUUUACUUCUGGGAACUAUAAUGGAUCUGUUGUAGGUGGUUUGGCCUCAACAGUUGCGUUUCCAAUGUCUACUGAAUCAUCUUUUUCGUCGCAGCAGCGUACUCAGGCCACUUAAACGUUUUAACAAAACUGCUCUUGGGUGACUUGAACUUAUAUAGCUUUAUAGUUGAUGCUCCGUGUUAUUUCAGAAAAUUUCUUUUCUUGAGUGAUUACAAAUGUUAUGUAAUAACAUGUGCAAUAUGGAUCAUAUGAUUGCUAACCAUUGAAUAUAAUGUAAUAGAACGUUAUUUCCGAUGUCUAUACUUGCAAAAGCAAUGUUAAUUCUGAAUUAUUCUAUUUUUGUGGUUGUGUUUUGGCAAAAGACAGGACAAUGUUAAAUAAUCUUUCUAAACUGAAAAUAUAACUACAUGAACAACUGAAGAUUUCAUCAAAAAAUGUAUUUGUAA